AUGGUUAUUGUGAUUGCUGAAGGGGCAGGACAGGAACUGGUUUCUGAGAGUAUCCAAUCCAUGCACAAGCAGGAUGCUUCUGCAACAAACUUCUUCAAGAUGUAUAUUAUUAUGUUGAAUGCUUUCAACAUGCCUCUUAUAUAUGUGUACAUGUUGAUUGCGCAAUCAUGUGGUGUGUUUCAGUUGAGGAAGUCGAGUGGGGUUAUGUUUAUAUGGAAAGUUGAACUUUUGAAACCAAGGAAUGGAGUGGGGUCUCUGCUUCCGUGGAAAGUUGAACUCUUGCCAAUAUGGAGAAGACAACGAAAACUUGCCAUGGCCCAAUGA